CAUGUUGAUGAGUGGAAUAUUGGCCGGCUGAAAACAAUCCUGGACUUGGUGGAAAAGGAGAGUGGGAUCACCAUCGAGGGUGUGAACACCCCGUACCUGUACUUUGGCAUGUGGAAGACAUCCUUUGCCUGGCACACUGAAGACAUGGACCUCUACAGCAUCAAUUACCUGCACUUCGGAGAACCCAAGUCCUGGUACUCUGUUCCCCCUGAGCACGGGAAGCGGUUGGAGCGCCUCGCCAAAGGCUUUUUCCCAGGAAGUGCUCAAAGCUGUGAGGCUUUUCUCCGCCAUAAGAUGACCUUGAUUUCCCCUUUAAUGCUGAAGAAAUACGGAUUCCCUUUGACAAGGUCACUCAGGAAGCUGGAGAGUUCAUGAUCACAUUUCCUUAUGGCUACCACGCCGGCUUUAACCACGGCUUCAACUGUGCAGAGUCUACCAAUUUUGCUACGCGGCGGUGGAUUGAGUAUGGCAAACAGGCAGUGCUGUGCUCCUGUAGGAAGGAUAUGGUGAAGAUCUCCAUGGACGUGUUUGUGAGGAAGUUCCAGCCAGAAAGGUACAAACUUUGGAAAGCUGGGAAGGACAGCACAGUUAUCGACCAUACGCUGCCCACGCCAGAAGCCGCUGAGUUUCUUAAGGAGAGUGAACUGCCUCCAAGGGCCGCGAGUGAGGAGGAGUGCCCAGAGGAGGACAUGGAGGGAGUCGAGGACGGCGAGGAGGGCCACCUGAAGAGAAGGUAAGGCGGCAGCCCUC